CACUAAAAUGUUUUGCUUUCGUUGCUCUCUUGACCUAGUUUAUUUGUUUUUAUUUUCUUUGAUCGAAGGAUGUCCUCCCGAAAAGAAAAGCGAGAUUCUUGUUAUUGGCGCAGGCAGGCAGCCACUUUACCGGAUUAUGUGCCACCAUGUCAGCGAGAGAACGAUCUAAAACAGCUGCAACAUCGAGCGUCGAUCCUGUGGUCGCCGCAGCUGUUGGAACAAGACGAAAAGGAUAUUUGCGAAUAUCUAGACUUUGCAGCCAGCUGUUACGGGAUCGAGGAGGAGCAGGCACUGUUUAUCCUGCGAAGUAACGGGUUCGAUCUGCCAAUCGCCCGACGACGUCUGGGGAGGAUUGAGACAGCUCGGGGUAGCCGUUUUCAUCGCUGGAAAGCACAGGAUCUUAUUCAACUUUCAAAGGCCUUUGAGCUAUAUGGCACCGAUUUCGCGAAAGUCAAGAAGAUGUUACCUCACUUUCCCCUGGCCGAGGUCCGUCAAUACUUCAACUUUUUGUACUCGACUUAGGAGCAACAAUGCAAAACACUGGCAACCCUGUCUACUGAGACUUAUU